AUGAUCGCCUCACGGUUUGCCGUCGUUGCCGUAAUCAGUUUGAUAAUGGCGAAGAGCUCCGAGUCGGCCAACGUGCAGCACGGAUGUUAUCAAAACACUGUGAACCAGAAUGAAUGUAAAAAAGCAAUCGCUACAAUCAAACUAGACCGUCAUGACAGACUUCCACCGAGUGAAAGCGAAGUAAGGACUAUAUCGGGUAGUUGUAGCCUUGUCGUCUUCAAUAAGAUGUUGUUCCAAGAUGUCACCAUGGACCAAAUAACACAAGGCCUUGCUACGCAUUUCAAGAAUUGUCCCAACAAGGCCGGUUUCUUCGCCUUACCAGGUAAUGAGGAGGUCAUGGUACAGAUCAAGACCCGUGCCGCACCUGGUUCACAAUGGAACGCAUGGAAUGCGGAUGCCGAGCUCAACAAGCCGUACUGCUUCAAGCCCAAAGGAGAUCAAGAUAUUGCCUCAAGUGAAGAUUGCAUUGCAGCCUACCAUGAAAUCCCGUCUGAUCCCCAAACAGGGUUUUUCAUUCACACCCCACCAAGGGGGUUCCAAAUAAGCUCCGGAUCAUGCACUGUCAUAAUAUCCACCACCGAUGGAUCAGUAAUUAAAAUGAAUAAGAAAGAUUCUGACUCGGCCAUCAUUGCAAUGAUGAAAGAAUGUGGCAAGCUCAAGCUGCCUGGUGUGGUGAAUGUGAAAGGAGCUGAGGGACCUAAUGGGAAAGUAUUUGUCCAGACUAUCCAUCAUCAGAAUUAG